UGCGUGGCGAGCGAGGCGGGUAUAAAUGACUCAUUUUAAAAGCGCUACGCUUUCCAUCUGCACGUCCAGUUGCAACUGUGAUGUCGACGAGGUAGCAACAUCGGUUCGAAGUAAACUCGUUGGUAGAGCAAGGAGCAAAGUCGUUGGAAGUUUGUGAAUUCCAUAGUGAAGUACCUGCCACCGAGCCACAAAUAGAGAGAGCGGUCCAAGUGUGUAGAUUCGGUUCCCAAGGGGAGAGCCCCGCAAGAAGGAGAAACUACUGAACUGUGUUGUUUUUUGUUUUUAUGAAGUUUUAACUCAAAGGGUCCUCCAAGGCUAUCCCCCAGACAGUCGCGUUUGAAAUCAAUCCGUUUGUAUCACACCGCCGGUGCGCAGAGAUCCAGACGGCAUGAGCAGCAGCACGUAAAUGCUACUGAAAACAAAAAAUAAAACAAGUCAGUGUCCUUUGAGCGUCGGUGACUGCCGCCAGGAGGAAAGAAUCGUAUAAAUUGCAUCAGAAGAAUCCAUCCAAGAGAGAAGGGAAAAUUAUGCUGUCAGUGAUUUUAAUCCAAGAAAAACGCGUAUACGAUCACUAGUUGGAAUUAAGUGUAAGAAAUCGAAUAGGAACAUCAGAGCAACAACGAAGCGCUGUGUGAUAGUUAUUCUUUCUCAACCGAACCUGUGAUUCUGGUUUGAUUACAACUAAAUUUAGAAACAAAAAAACAACGGAAAACAUAAGAAACAAGUGGUCGUUGUAAACUGUUUACAAAACUUUCGAGCUUACUGUGACCAUUAAAAUAAUUGUUAUGAACACAUCAUUCUCAUGGCUUGCUGUUGCGCAUAGGCUGAGAAGAGGCGUUGGCGCUUAUCACGAAAACUCUAGCUAGGGACCACCGCCGGCCGACCCUUUAAGACCAAACGAGCAAGUGUACUUGGUGCUGUUUUGCUGUUGUUCUUCGUUGUACUUCCCACACCCUAUAAAUAAACUGGUACUGGCUUGAUUCGUGUUGACCCUUGACACCCUUCGCGAGAGAACUGCCGGUUGCGUUUUGAAUGUGUACUUUGGAACUCUACUGGAUCGAUUUCAUAUUCAUCUUCAACAAAAACUGCUCCAAAUCGGUCAGGCUGACCUUUUACUACUGGGUCAUUCUGCUGUGCUGUCGAUUGAUCAACGAACACAAACGUAAAGAUGAAAUCCAGUUCGAGCAACCUGUUCAGGGCCCUGCUGAUGAUUGUCAUGCAGGUUACACUGCUUUCGCUGUGCGUCAGUCGAACCCAUGGCUCACCGCUGGCCUCGCCGACGGAUACCGCUAGUAAAGGGGACGGAAUGUUACAUCACGCUACCCGUUCCCGGUACUGUGGCCGAAAGUUGACCGAAACUCUGGCCAUGCUGUGCCAAGGGCGGUACCCAAUGAUGGGCCAUCACCGAUCAGAAUACCUCUCGGACCAGCCGCAACCACAGGUGGAGGUAGAAGUGGCUACCCUGCCGGACAGCGGCAGCCACGGUUUUCCGUACUCCCGGUCGAAGGCUCACCGGCGGGUCCGCCGGGCCGGAAUCUACGACGAAUGCUGCAAGAAGAGCUGUUCGUACGCCGAACUGAGAAGCUACUGCGAAUGAUGUAGACUUCUACUGUUCGGGUUAGGUGCCGUGGUGUAGCAGCAGCACGAGGCUUCACCACCGCAUGGCGUGGGUCCCGUCCUCUUCGGUUGCGGGAGCGAUCGAAGGCGAACGUGCGAACGGACGGCGACUGUGGCAGCGGCAGUUUGUUGUGUGUCUCUGGCUCGGGGGAGAAGAGUAAGGCGCACAUUUAGCUCCGGGUGGCGGAUUGCUUGGGUAUCUCAAGCACUCCGCCACCCAUUCGGAUGAGCAACCACAAAAUAUACACGUGUAUUCGAUUUUUUUAAUUAUUUUAAUAUGUUUUUCAAACGAAACGACAGAAUCGUUUAAAGCCAUAAUUAGGUUGUAGGUAGAUCAUUUAUACAAAUCGAACAAAUUGAAACACGCAUGACGCAGUGCCUCUGUGGGAUAUCCUCGGAUAGCAGUUGAGGUAGAAUUGUCAUGUCGCAACUAGAAGCAAUAUGUGACUGAAGUAUUAAGAACCUCGGAAAUUUUUUAAUACAGCUCGAAUUGAAACGAGAAAUUCUUAGGAUGCUUAAUCCCUAUUCAACGUACAAUUUUACCAUGACUACUUUUAGAAAAAAAAAUAUGAUGGCUUUCAUUGUUUUUAUCCCAUUUGUAAGUCAUGAUGUAUGUUUAAGAGACUAUGCAGAAGCUUAAACACAAAUAGCUCAGCCCCUCAUAAUCUAUUUAUUACAAUGCUUGAAAGAGUCAGCACCUUUAUAUAUAAAAGGUCUCGAAGGGACUUAUAUUAGGCUCAAACCAUGUUUACAGCAUUUUCAGUAUCCUAUUUGUUUGUAGCUCGUAAGCCAACGUCCUUUUUUAACUAAUGUGAUCGUAUACAGCUUUGAAUUCCAUUAUCGAGGCAAUUCGAAGCUAAUGUAAAUUGACAAAUUACAAAAAACAAUAAUGAAAGAAGUACACUAGACGAUUUUUAAAAAAUUCUA